AUGAAAUGCGGUCUCCGCUUCGCCUUCAGCACAGCCUGUCUAAUCCUCAUCUUUCUCUGGUUUCUGAAACAGCACGUCGAAGACAUCCUUGACCAGUACAGCGGGGGAUCCUAUUUUGUUGACUCCUUUAAUGCGCAUUUCCACCCGGAGAUUCUCAACUUCCCGCAAGGUUCAACGACAGCCCAAAAUGUUGAAGCGGGGGACAAAAUCAUUGUUAUGGCCAAGCUAGAGGAGGAAGAUACUGAUUGGGUACAGAAGGAGCUUCCAGACUGGCAAAGAGCCAUAUACAUUGUCAACCCAUCCCCGCAAGCCCUAAAUGACCCCCAAACCCUCACUACCCCAACAAACAAAGGCCACGAAUCAAUGGCCUACCUCUCCUACAUAGUCGACAACUAUGACAAACUCCCCCGCAUCGUCGCAUUCCUCCACUCGCACCGAUCGGGAUUCCUACAGGCAUGGCAUGUCGAUGCGCCCUUGCACAAUAAUGUCCUCGCAAUGCGCAUGCUGCAAUUGGACUACGUCCAACACACGGGAUAUGUCAACCUGCGCUGUAACUGGAAUCCAGGCUGUAAAAAGGAACAUAGGAUAAAUAAACAUGUGACGCAGGAGGUGUGGGAAGAAAUCUUCUGGGGGACAAGCACGCCGCCGCGGAACUCCUCCUCCUCCUCCUCCUCCUCCUCCUCCUCCUCCUCCUCCUCCUCCUCCUCAUCGACGGCAUGGACAACGACGGCAGUGGAAGAAGGAGCUGGCGCAGGAGACGACGACAACAACCCCUUACUACAGGGUAUGGAGAAACCCAAAGAACUGGCAGCAGCCUGCUGUGCGCAGUUUGCCGUCUCGCGUGACCAGAUUCGCAGGAGGCCCGUGGAAGACUAUAUCCAUUUCCGCGACUGGGUUUUACAGACGAAGAGGAGCGAUGCGAGCAGUGGCCGUGUCAUGGAAUAUUUGUGGCAUAUUAUUUUUGGGAAGGAUGCUGUCUUGUGA